AUGGAUACUGUGUUGAAAGAAGAUCGUGAUGCUGCUUUAAUAGUGGGCACGUUAGGAAUAUUUGGUAUCAUACUAAAUGGACUAUCGAUUUACACCGUGCUUAAAACAACAAAUCUCCGCAAUGCAUUUGGCUAUUCAACAAUUUCACAUGCUAUCGGUGGAAUGGGGGUUCUACUCAUUUUUAGCAUAUGGGUGGCACCAAUUCUUUUUGGGUUAGUUUUAGCUACAUCUUUUAUAGCUGAUUGUUGCAGAAACCCAGAAAGAUUACCUCAUUUUAUGUCAAAUGCAAGGCUAUCUUAUACAAUUGGUCAAUUAUGUAUUUGGUUCUAUUAUGCGUCGAUCUACACUCAUUGCCUUAUAACUAUAAAUCGCUAUAUGGCGAUUUCAAAACCAUUCAGUUAUAACAAGUAUUUCAAAGAACGUAUAACACUGCUAUGGAUCGCUUUGGUUUGGAUAAUCUCUUUCCUACAGAGUUGCGCCUAUCAAUUCGGUUUGUCAUAG